AUGUCAACAUAUGUUGUACCACCAUUUCAAAAUGUAUACAGAACAUUGAAAGAAAAUAUAUUUGAUAAAGUAUUAGCUAUUGAUUCAAAUUCAUUAACAACAGAUGAUAAUGCACUUACAUCAUUUGGAUCGAAUCUUUAUUGUGAAUUAGAAGCUUUAUCAAAAAAUCUUGAUGCUUCUGUAGCUGCCAGUAAUAAUGUUCGCGUACAAGUCAAUUUUAAAUUAUUUACUCUUAAACAGGAGAUUGCAGCCAAGGAAAAUGAAAUAGCUCGUAUGGAUACUCAAAUUCGAGAUGCAAAUGGAAAAAUUCAAGCAAAACAAACUCAAAUUAAUGCAGCUGACCAAUCUGUACAACAAAGUGAAAGAUUAGUUGCCGAUGCUCAAAAUGCAUUACAACGUGCUGAACAAGAAGUUGCAAAUGCUCAAUUAUGUUCAGGAUUAUUCGGAAGACGAAAACGAUUUCUUGGUAAUGUAUGGAAUUCAAUAGGAUCAGCUAUUAAUACAGCAGCUAAUGCAGUGGGAUCAGCAGCUACAACAGCAGUUGAUGCAGUAGGAUCAGCAGCUAAUACAGCAGCUGGUGCCAUAGGAUCAGCAGCUAAUACAGUAGCUGAUGCAGUCGUUGAUAAUGUAGUAAAACCAGUUUGUAGUGUUAUUAAUUUUCAACAAGUUGAUAAUGCAAGACGAAAUGUUGAAAAUAAGAAAAAUGAAUUGGCUUCAUUUAGAAAUCUAGUUCAAUCAUUAAGAAAUGAAUUCAACUCAUUACAAAAUGAUUUAACUAUAAAUAAAGCACAAUUAAAUAAUUUUAAUUCUCAAUUAAAUCAAUUAAAAAAUUCAUUAAUUUCACUACCAAGUGAAGAACAUAUGAUAAUAAUGAUCCAUCAAAAAUUAUCAGAUGUUGUUACUCAAAUCCGAACAUUAUUCAGUGGAUCAACAACAUUCCUUAAUGCAUUAUCAGGUGUUUUUGAUUCGGAAUCAAUUGUUAAACCAUUAAAUGCCGUUUAUGAUGAAUUACAAAAAAAUCAAUUUAUGGGACCAUUCAGUGUUGGUAAAAUAUCAAUAGAGCAAAUAAAUCAAGCUCAAAUAAAUUUACAAGCAUUAAUUGUCGCAGUACCUAAUAUGUUAAGCAAUAUGGGAGCUGUACGUUGCUCAAAAUAA